AUGAACGGAAUAUCAGCAAUACAUGUCAAGAAAUUAAGUCACAGCAUCGAAGAAAUUCGAUCGAGAGCUUUAGAUAAUAUUAUUUUGAAAUACAAUCUUGGGCUUGGUUGUGAUUGCGAUGCUGUAAAAAAGGAAUUAAUAACAAAACUAUUUAAUUGGUUUUCAUUUGAAACUUUUACACAAAUACAAAAGGUUUUAGAUUUAUUACUUCGGUUAUUAAAGACAGGUGAUAAAAGUUACUUAAAUGCCUUUGGUAAAAUAAGAUUUCAAAAUGAACUUCAUGAAUUAAGAAGAAAAGUAGGUUUAGAAUGGUAUGAAAAACUGAGUGAAAUUGAAGACAUUAUUAAUUCAGAUGGAUUUCAAACAGUAUUACCGAAUGCAGAAAAUAUGAAAAAUCCUAGCUCUUUAACAAUAGGAUGUGUCAAUUACAAUAGAAAUAGAACUGGUACUAAGGAUUAUAAGUAUGAUGGAAUUAAAAAAUAUCAGACUAAAGAUCCUAAUUUAUCUGAAAGUAUGCUUACUAUUCCUUCUGAUGGAACUCCAAUAUCUAAAUCUACAGAAGGUGGCAUUAAAUGGCUAGUCAUGCCAUGGCAACCUUUGGUUGCUUCAGAUACAGGUGUCUUAGCAGCAGUUGAAGAAGCUCUAAAUAAUAAUUUAGAUACAAAUCUUAUAUUACAUACAUGUAAAUUUAUAACAAACGUGAUGAUGCAAGAUUUUCCUGCAGAAGUUUUCCUUCAAAGACCAGCAAUAGUCUCUAUAUUGCAUAAUCUUUUAGAAUCUAGUGCAAAUAAUUCAAAUGCUAGCCUUAGUAUUGUAGUACCAAUGAUAUUACAAACACUUUACAAAUUAACAAGGUCUUUGAGAUUACGGAUUUAUUAUUAUUGUGAACCAUGCAUUGCAAACAAGAAACAAAAAUUAUUAACAGGAAAAUUAAGCAACAAUAUGUAUUCUUCUUCGGAGGCAAGAGAUAGUCCCGAUGGAGGAUUUCCAGAAAUUAAUUAUCAAGCCUAUCAAUCCACUGGUAUAAGUGACAGAAGUCAAAGCAUAUCAGAUAACAUUGAUGAUUCAAUUUUGCAAUUACAGCAAAUGCUUAUACCUUCCUUUUGUAUUGAGACUUUAAAACAUGUUAUAUCUCAAUUCAGUAUUUCUAUUGAUUCAACAUUUCCAUUAAGAAACAUCAAGCAUGUGACAGAUUUAGCAUAUGAACUAGUGGAAUUACUUAUUAUUAGUAUUAUGCCAAAUAUUUGGCUUUGUAGUGAUGAUAUGUCUUUGAAAAUAACUGAAAGUAUAAAAUUAUUAUUUGGCAUCUUAGGAGAUGUCAUAGAACGUUUUGGAACUUAUAGUACAAUAGAUCAUUUCAGAAUAACAUAUCUACAUCUUAUAACUAUUACAAUGAAAUUGUUAAGUAAUAUUGUUCCACUGGAAAUAGCAGAUGUUAUCUUUCCCAAGUCACUUAAAACAUCAAUAUGUGCCGCUAUAAUGGAUGCUCCUAUUUAUUUAUUAUAUCCAAAGAUGCAUUCUAUAUUACAAGAGUAUGGUCGGCAAUUUCAAGGUAAUGAUGAAAUUGCAUACAUUAAAUUGUUUGAUGAAACGAGGGUAAUAGCAAAAUCAAUGCAAGCAGCUAUAUCUGUAAUUAAAAAUACAUCUGAUUCAUCUUAUUCAGAUGGUUUGAAAAUGUUGUAUGUUUCAAAAUUAAGUUUAUCUUAUCACAAGAAUUUCACUAUCAUAAAAAAAAUUGUUAGAUUUUUACAAAAUAUAAAUAGAUAUUCUUUAAAUAAUGAAGAUCGCACAUUGGCUACGAAAUUAGUAUUGAGCUUAUUAGCAAACGCAGAUGCUGAUAUACAAUAUGUUACAUACCUAGAAUGUCAUACUUUAAUCAAAAAUAUUCUAGGACUAGAAUAUAAUAGAGAAAGAUUGCCAUGGAAAAAUUUAACAUUUUUAUUUGAAUCAACUAUUUUAACUGAAAUAAUAUCUUAUGGUAUAACACAUGAAGAGGAAAGGAUAAAGGAAAUGUCUGAAGAAAUAUUAGUUUAUAUACUAAAAGGCAGAGUACAAAUGGGUGAAACUGGUUGGUUAAAAUUAUUAGAAGCAAUAGUACCGGUAUUGCCGCUUUUACAAUGCCAUAUUCAUCCUUCUACAACCUUAGGUCAAUGUGUAACAAAAAUCUUUGAUCCUGAUGUUUCUACUGAUAUACAAUUGCCAUAUAUUGAGGUUUUGAAAGGUAAUUUGAGGUUUUUGUUCUCAUCGGAUGCCGAUAUUAGAGAGGAAGCCGUUUGUCGAUUGAUUUGGCUUCUUGGAAAAGAAGCAGAUUCAUUUAAAAAGUUACCACGACUGUCAUCUUUACACGGUUUACCUCUGAGCUCGCUUUGUAUAUUUGAACGUCAAAUUUUGUUUAAAAAAUGUGAAGGCAGCUAUCAGAGAAACAAUUUAUUACCUGUACUUGAAAUGUUGAAUGAGCCGAAUAUCGAUCCAAAAAUACGGAAAUCUGCAUUAGUGCAAAUUAGUGUUAUGCUUACGGAUUCUUCGUUACAUAAAUUAUUUAUCGCAGAAAAUGGAUUACCCUUAAUCUUAAAGAUAUUUACCAGUGCUUUAAUUGAACAAGAAUUUGUUAAUUAUCCAGAUUCUGUCAUUCCAAUAAUCACCAUAUUAAAACUCUUAGCAUCUACUGAAUGUUCUAUACGCCAAGAUUUAUCCACUCAAGUUAACAUUUUUUCAAAUAUAAUCAGAAGUCUCUUCUUAUUUCCAAACAAUGAAUGUGUUAAAAUUGAUGGUUCACAAUUAUUAUGUCUAUUGCUUUAUAAUGAAUAUAUCAUGAGAUUAAGUGAAAAAUGUGCACAGAAUUAUAAUCAAUUAAAUAUUUCUUUACCUUAUAUUAUUGUAUCCAAAAUGAAACUACCAUUUCUUUGUAAAGUACAUUCAAAAAUAAGUAUGCAUAGACGAUCAGAUAUGUAUGUUCUUCACAGUACUAAUCUAUUAGUAUCAACAUUUAUUAAACACUAUUGGAUAUGGAAAUGGAACGAUGGUACAAAUGUACUUUGGAAAAGUUGGAGCGAUCUCUACGAUUCCGAUACAUUUGAAAAAUUGAAACUUGAAGAAAAUGAAUUUUUAAUUUUACGUUUUAGUUUUCCUCAUUAUUAUUGUCAGCAACAAUUAUAUAAUAUACAAAAUUCAACUACUCACGACUCAGUUUCAUGCGCACUUGAUUAUCUCACAAUGCAUAUAAAAUUUUAUAAAAUGCAACAACAUGAAGAAAUGAAAGAUAUAAGCUUAUUAUCUUGGGAACAAACGUUUGAACGAUUUUUAUUUUUACAGCCUACAAGUAAAGAAGAUUGUGAUUUGUUUGUUGAAGUUUUAAAUUUUCUACAACUCUAUAUCAAUAUUACAAGAGACGGAAAACAUAAAUGGACCAAUAAAAUAAUGCAAAAUAUAACUAAAUCGUUGACUGAAUUAUUAAAAAAUUCAGAAUUAGAUAAUCAAAAUGUACAUCAAUCUAUAUUAAAGCUGGCUCGUACAUGUUCAGCAGUAGAAAUAACUAAAAAAUGUACUGUUGAAGUUCAAGAUGUUUGGCUCCAGUUUAUUGAACUAGUUGUUUCUACGUUAUGUUUAGGAGAUCAACAACAUUUUUAUAAUUUAGCUUACCUUGAUUGGUUAUUAACAUGUUUAACAUAUUUAAUUGGAAAAUGUCACUGGGCAAAUUAUAAAAAUUUACUGAUAUCAUUAGGAAAUACAUUAAUCGAACUAAUUAUAUCCUUUCAUGGAGCUGGAACUGUUAGUUUUAUGGGUUUAUCUAUAACUAGAAAUUCUGCCAUAUGUCUGAAUCAUUUAUUGUAUCAAAUGCAGAUAAACUUUAAUAAAACUAUUUUCACACAGUUUUGGUAUGAAGAAGAUCGCACGUUAAAUUGGUUACCUAUGUUAUGGCAAAAUAGAGAUCCAUUAGUUCGUGCAUCUGCUUUACAAUUAUUGGCGGGUUUAAUGAAUAAUUUGCAUACAGCUUCUCAAUUACUAAAUUCUACAGCAUUAGCGCCAAGUGAGUUGUGUCAAGUAUUACUUCAAUAUAUAGCUGGUAGAGAAGAAUCGUGCAUCGUGAGAGAACAAGCAUGCUAUGCAUUCAGUAAUUUAGUAAAAAAUUGCAACUCGGCCAUUUUUCAAUAUGUAAACAUAUUAAAUUUGUUCAUAUUAAUAUAUGUAGAACAAAGCAAUACUUACUAUGAAAUUAGCGUUUUAUGUUCUAAUAUUUAUAUGUUUACUUCUUUGGACUAUGACGACAUAAAUAAUCAAAAAGCAGAAAAUAGCAAGACUCCUUCCAUUCGCAGUAUGCAAUCGGGUUCUACAUCCUUGGUACCGCGUACAAUUUCAUAUCUGUACAAUUGUCAAGAUGAAUUGCAGCCUUUUUCAGUGAAAGGUUCAGCAACCGUAGAUGUUGAUAAUUAUUUACAAUUUGUAACCACACCAUCAUUAAUAACAGCUGUUUGUAAAUUGUUAAAUAACUUAAUAUUUGUAGGAAAACAAGAAGUUGUUCAUCAAAUUUAUGAGCAUUCUAUUGACAAAUAUUUAUUUGGGUGUAUCAACGAAAUUCCUCAAGAUGUCGAAAAUAAAAAAGAGUUAACACAUUAUUGUGACAUUUUGGAAAUGUACACUAACAUUUGUACAGUUUUAACGAAUUGUAUCACACACAGUAACGAAUAUACUUUUGUUGCCAAUUUUUCUUCAGGAUCAUUAUAUACGUUACUCUGCUUUUUAGGCAGUGAUUUAUAUCGUAAUGAUACAUUGGAAUUAGUGUAUUUGCGGAACAAACUCUGGACCGAAAUUUUCAAUUUUAUAGCUAUACUUUCUUUAACAGAGAAUCAGCAUUUUGAAUCAAUACAAAAAGCUUUAGAGUUGUGUAAUCCUGUAUCUAUACUUUCAUCUAUUUAUAUUGCAAUGAAAGAUUCUAAUGCGGAACUUCGUAUCAGCGCUAUAGGUUGCCUUAUGUUUCUACUUUCUCAUGAAAUUCUAAAAGAUUCUUUAGGAAAAAGCAAUAUCUCACUACAAACUGUAAUAGAUACUGGUUUAGUAUGUUCAUCAAGCAACAGUCGAAAUAAUUUAAGAGAAAUUAUGUCUGAUAUUAAUAAACUUUCUUUACAAAGCACCAAUAGGUGCAAAAAAUCAAAUAAAAAUGAAAAUGCUUCUACAAUUUGCGAAAAAUUAAUAGAUUAUGAGGUUGCACAAAAUGAAGUUCCAAUGGGUGAAGAAUUUUGUAAUAUUUUAAUGCACUUAUUUAUUGCUCAUAAUUAUAGUAGGUCCAAGAAAAAUAAGAAAUUAAACGAAGACAAAGAUUUAAUAACAAGCGCAUUUACUAAUUUAUUAUGUGUAUCAAACACAGCCAAAAGAGUUGCGUUAAAAGAAAACUUACCCGAAACAAUUUUAAUGAUAUUGAAAGAAUUUUAUGUCAGAUUAAAUUUACAACCUUUUGAACUUUUCAAGAAUCAAACACAACGCGAAAAAAAGAUUCAUCCAUUAUUACUCGACUUGAAUCCUAUUUUUAUAUUAAUAAUGAAUUUUAUGUAUGAUAGUACAAAAGUCAAAGAAAGUUUUACAAAGGCAGGAUUAGCGGAUGUAUUACACAAAUUGUGGGCUUGGAUCACAUUAAAUAAAACAGUUUUGUCCACUGCUUUAAAAUUACUUGCAACGUACACUACAAAGUGUACUAUAGCUGCACAAUCUUUAACAUUAACGACUACCUUACCAGGAACAGGACUUAGAAAGACUCCUAAUACACUCGCACUGAUACAUAUUAUUACACAAUUAGUGUGCAAAGAAAUAGAUAAAGCGGGACAAUUAUUCGAUCAUCAAAAGUUACAUUUCGCGUUUCAUAUUCUGCGAAAUGCAGUACAUGUGCACGAAUGUAGGGUACUAAUUUCGAAGAGUAAUCUUCUACAGUUUUUUAUAAAAAUACAUCCAACUGCUACAAAAAGAACAAAACCGUGGCCACUCGUUGAAUUGUAUUGUUUGGAAUUUCUAAUUGAUUUUACUUAUUAUGAAGAGGGUCAAUUAUGCGUCCCAAAAGCUUCCGAUGGUUUGGACGUUUUAUUGCAAUUGUCAAAAUGUUCUUCAUCAUCUAGUAGAAUUCUUGCUAUUUCCAUAUUGCGCAAUAUUGCAUUUAACAUGACCAAUCGGCCACGAUUACUUAGUUCAGUGGAUUUUAUUAACGUUUUGCAUGACAUAUUUAAGAAUGAUUCUGUGGAUGAACUUAAAAUAGUAGGUUCCAUGUUAUGGUCUUUAGUGUCCAAUAAUCAAAAAGGAAAACUAAUUGUGCGUAGUGCUGGAUUUUCACAAAGUAUAAAAGAAGCUUUAGGCAGGCUUACACUUUCAAAUAUAGAUGACAGGCAAGAGGAAGAAGAUUUAGUUAAAAUGUUACAAUACAUAUUAAGAAUUCUCAAUCCAAUAAAUACAAAAAAUGAUUAA